AUGGGGAGGGGACCCCCGUGCUGCGAAAAACAAGUGGAGGGCGAGAGAAAUGCAGAGUACCAAAAGUUGGACGAUCUGGAGGGGAUACAAAAAAUGAAUGUUGAAGGGAAAGGCAAAAAGGGGAAGACGCACCACAGUGAUAAGACGCACUACACUGAUAAAACGCACCACAACGAUAAAACGCACCACAGUGAUAAGAAGGAAUACAUCGAGAAGGUGAAGCGGCUGAAGGAGAAAAAAUAUUUUGGAAGUAAAACGAUAGGAAACAAGUACAGCUAUAUAUACCUAAUAAACCAAAUAUUCGGGUCAGGCAUUGUGUCCAUCCCAUAUGUAUUUAAAAGUUCGGGGUGGCUCCCUUGUCUAAUCACAAACAUUUUCAUAUGCGUCUUAACCAUUUUUAACACCUUACUGUUUCUACGCGCAAUGACAAUGAUCCCGAAUAACAUCCAUUUUAAUAAGAGGUACGAAUACAUCUCCACGGUCUGUUACUUCUUGGGGAAGAACAACAUAUUCUUUUGGCUGAUGCAAAUGUGCUACUACGCCAGCAUCUUGGCAAGCAACAUCAUAUCGAUAGUCAUAGUUUCCCACGCAUUGGAUUACAUAAUAAUAAAUGCCGUGGGCUACACCGUAGGGUUUACUGUGUACCCGAAUUUUCAAAUUAACUACUUCAUAGAUGUAAAUGAGCUAUACUACAGCAAGAGUUAUGUGGUGUGCAUAACGAUGGGAUAUGUAAUCAACGCGGUUAUAUCGAUUUAUUUUUCGCAAUCCAAUUUGGAAGACAACAUGAAGAUACAGCUGUUGUCUUUCCUAUUUCUGAUGAGCACCAUUUUUCAAAUGAUCUUCCUAAGUGGACUUAAAAUAUAUCGCUACAACGCCAGCGGGGCCAUAAUCAACAAGGGCGUAAAGAAAUACACCAAUAUAAAAUAUCCCACAGCCUUUGGAGAUUUUAAUUUCAAGCAACUUCUCUCAUCAUACAUUUCUUCCUACUCAGCAGUGACGGUAAUUCCAUGUUGGGCAAACGAAAUGAAGGCAGAUGUAAAAAUUAUAAAAACUGUGUGGGUCUCCAACUUUUUCUGUUGCUUCGUUUAUUAUAUAUUUGGCUACAUAUUAUGUACAGCCUACCCUGACAUUAGCAAUGAUAAUAUACUGUAUGACAUUUUGGAAAACCCUUUUAUAAAUACCUAUAUGAAAAUUUGUAUAUACCUAUUUGACUUGCUAACCAUUGCUCCGGGAAUAUAUGUCUACUGCAUAGCUACUCGCUACAAUUUAGUUAAUAGUAAUAUUUGCUCUGAAAAAAUGGCCUUCAUUUUGGGUACCAUUUUCCCCUUUUUAAUUUCCUGGUUUUUUACCUCCAGGGUUAUUUUCGAAAAUAUUUUCACUUGGUCCAGCUUGAUUUUCUCCUAUGCCUGUAAUUUCAUCACCCCAUCUAUUAUAUAUCUCAUAGCUUGUAAGAACAUCCCCUACUCUGGCAAGAAUCCCCUCCACCAUAUUCUUGUCCUCUACGACCCGAAGGAGCACAAGCGGAAGAAGCCCAUUUAUGGCAUUUUCUACCCACGGGAUGUUGCCCAGGGGAAGAAAGCCACCAGUUGGAACUCCCACAAAGGAAGAGGCGAAGACAAACCAAAGGGUAGUGCAGCGCAGUAUGAUGUGCGAAGUAUGAUGGAUACUCCUUUGGGGAAUUCCCCCAAUGAAGAGCGAAAAUGUUUACUCCCGCUGCCGAAUAGCCAGAUGAGCUACCCCCAUUUGGGGGGGACCAACUAUGACGCCGCCAAUGUAGAGGCAGCAUACCCAGGGGAGGGACACCCAACAUGUGACAAGCCGGUGCAUUUAAGCUGCCCCCAUGUGAGUGCCCCAUAUGGCACAGAUACGAAUCCACCGAUGGUUUACACACAGGGAGGGAGAAAUAACCAAAUGGCCUCACCGCAGGGGGAUCUUACGUACGAGCUCCUCCCCCUCGGCGAGGAGAAACCGAUGCGGAUACCCCCCAUAGACGACUUCAUAGUGCCAAUAAAAGCACCACCUGGGGAAGAUGCACCCAAGGGGGAGGACCCCACACAUGUGCAAACGGAAAAAAGCAUCCCGUUGCAGGCGAACAGACACCCCGCACCGUUAACUACAGAUGGUGCACAUCUCUUAGCGGGUGGCGGGGUCCCCUCAGAAGAGGACGACCCGCUGAUGCAAAAUGAGGAGCGGUACUCCAGCAAAGAAGACGACGAGAAGAGCAAACAAAACGCAUGCGAGUUCCACCGGCGAAGGAAAGGCAACGCGGAGGCAUUCGAAUUUCGCAAGUGCAGCUCCCUCUUCAAUAUGAAGGCGAACAACAUAAAUAAGAACAACCCUAAGGCGAAGCAAAGGCUACCAAGCAAUGUAAGAAAAUCGAGGAAGCACAAAACGGUCAUGGGGAUUGAAAAGAAAAAUAAAAAAAACAAAAGAAUCUCCAUAAAAAAUGAGCAACAAGAAUGCUCCGACGAUUCAGACGUCACCGAUAGUGAACUCUUAAACGAUAAAAUAAUUGCAGACAUGUCGAGGGACAUUUACAACGACAUCCGAAUAAUAAAAAGUAACUACGAAAGGGAUGAGUACUUGAUUAAAUAUUCGGACAUUUUCGACUCCUUUUUGAAUUUGAAACUGAUGCUGGAGGGCGUCGACGACGGGGAAAACGCUUGCCAUGAGUGUAGGGGGAGUUAUUUGUGUAACGGGCGCGAUGCGUACGAUGUGUGUAAGGGGCGCGAUUUUUACAACGUUGACCACGCCGGGAAGGGACCCUCGCUGGAGCUUAGCGCGCCGAAUGGGGGGGAUCCACCCCCCAGCAGCUUGGCGCUAGCUCCCCACGCGUAUACCUAUGAUGUUCGUAACGCACGGGGGGGAACGCUGCCGUGUAGGGGUCUUCCAACUGGGGAGCAGCAAAUGUCAGAUGCGGAAGAGGGGGGACACUGGACGAGUGGUAAUCCCUUUCGUGCCAAAACUACGGUGAAUUACCAAACGAGGGAAGAAGACAAGGCAAACGAUUCGUACCAACGAAUUGGAACAACAAUCACGCAAGUGGACACUACACCAAGAGGAGAUAACCCCGACGAGGAAGAAAUGAAAGAAGUGCAAAUUGACAUGCCCUCAAAUGAUGUAUAUGAAGGAAAAUUAAGUAAUGAUUUAAAAAAAGACUUUCACGUGCUCAUUAACGGAAUAAGUAAUAAGCAAAAUUUAACCUGGGCCUUUGAUGGAAAUAAAAAUGAAGGGAGAAAAAACGCUUCGCCAAAUAGUAACAUCCAUGUGAAUGUGUCCAACGUGGAAAAAUCUUUCCAUUCAAAUGGGCCUAUAAAUUCCCCCUUCAGAAAAUCCAAAAGUGAUAUUUAUUCUUACUCCCUCAAUUUAUGUAAAAAUGGACAUGGAAGGGACGAUUAUACGGAUGAAAUAAAUGGUAUGCUUCUUCUGAGGAAGUUACAUUCUCGGAGGAACUGCCCCAUCAAGCACAAAACGAGUGACGAAAGUGUGCAUACCCUUUUGCAAACCAAAAGUGCCGACAAUUAUGCAAACUGCAAAUUUUUAUAUUUUCCCAGUGACGAAAAGAUGCAUGUGCAUUUCGAACAGAUAAACGAAUUGGAGGCAACCAAAGAAAGGGGGAAAAAAAACCCAACUGAAGAUUCUCCACAAAAUUUUGAAACAAAUCACCAGAUGGUUAUUACCCCCCUGGGAAGUGCAAAUUACUCCCAAGUUGAUGUUACCCCUCAGUGUAGCAACAUGAACAAGUUUGAAACGUUUCCCAAUUCAGUACACAAGAGAAAAGGAAUUCCACCAAAGGGUAGUAAUCAGGAGGGAUAUGCAGAUAUGCAAAAGUGCCAAUCGAAGGACAGAAUUUUGUACUUCCUAAAUUCGUUCAAUCGAAAAAGUAAAAUGUACAAAGAUGUGAAUAUGCUAUCCGUGCCGGACAACGUCUACAAUGUGAUUCCAAAAAUCAACAAAGGAAAUGGCCACAGCAACUUUGAUGAAACCUUAAAUAGCAUUUUCAACUAUUACAAGUACAACUUUUUGCUCUCCUUCAGUGAGAAGAACAAGAAACGGGGGACCCUUGCCAAAUAUAAACAGGCUAGACCUGCCCACUGGGUGCCCAGCCACGGCGAGGUGGGCCGCAGUGACGGCGAUAUGCGAAAUGGCCGCGAUGGAGCCUUCCUCAAUGGCAGCCGCGAUAGGGCGUACGCGCAAAGCAUCCAAGAGGGAAACGCAAAUUCGUCCAGCCCCCCAAAUGACGACGUUGCCUCCUACAGCGACAACAACGUGGGGGAAAAUGAGCCCAAAAAAACGUUCGCCACUCCUAAUUCUAAGUUAAGCUAUUUGAACAAAUUUCAUGCUGAUGAGAAGAAGGAGCCAUUACUCAUGGGUCACCAGAAGGAAAACCACUACGACGAAUUGCCAACAAUUAAUUUGAUUUGCCCAGAAAAGCCUUUGCAUGGGUAUGAGGAUGCUUACCAGAUAGAUGACUACGUCAAUGGAAAAAUUAAUGAAAAUAUCAUCCACGUCUACCCCUCUAGGUACUUACGAAUCAAGCACGUCAAAAUUACGGAGGUGCUCCUAUUCGUUGCAGUGCUCCUGCUGCUCAUUUCAGUGUUCUAUGAUUUUUCCUACUGA